AUGGCUUCGAAGCCGCCGGCCAUGACGUUCGAUCCUCUCGAUCACUUAGACGCCUCCUUGGCCGACUUCGAGCCGACGACCCCACCCCCGAACAAGAGGCCCACGGCCGGGAACUUGUUCGGCUACCCGUCGCACCACUCGGGGUUCCGGUCCGAAGACAACGAGAGCGACCUGGGUCCGGACCCCGAAAACUCAGUAUCCGCCGGUGGCUACAGUCCUCCGGCCUGGCGCCGCCUCGGAAACGGGAGUCGCGACAGCGGCUUCUGGCGCAGGAGUGAUGACCUCCUCGGCACAUUUGCCCCGUCUCGUCGCGCCUUCGGCGCCACAUCGCGGCAGUCGAGCCCCGACUACGACAGUGACGGCGACGAGCAUGAGUCGGUGUUGCGCAAAGCCAUGCGCACAAGGUUGCCGACGGGUAGCAUGAGUCCCGAUAAGAGGCGAUCGCCGAGCCCCGAGCCCAAGAUGGAGAAUACCACGAUUAAAUUGGAGGAUAUCCCGUGGAAGGAGACAAGUCCGUCAGAGGGCACGUUGAAUCAAGAUAACUGUAUGCUCCCUUGUCCUAAGCGCAAGCGUAAUCAUCGUGCCAAAACGUCACACGUGCCAUCGGAAGAUAUGAGACUGACAUCACCUAAAGAUAUCAGGUUCGCAUUGCGCGCCGAAGUCCAGCAGCGCACAGAACCGAUCGAGGCUCUCGUCCACUUCUUUCGCUCAAAGUGGCGCUUCCUAACUCACUCGUGGUCGUCCACGGUCCUGUCUAUCCUCGUUGCUGUUCUCGCCAUCACUGCGACACGCAACCUUUUCCAGCCCGCCGCGCAACAGCCCGUCCCCGAUCUAGUCAAGGUUGCCGGCAUCGCGCGGUCCUUCGAGCCGCUCAUAUACUUUUCGGAGAACGGCGUGUCGCAGGUGGGCGAUCUGCAGGCAACAGGUGUCGCGGUAUGGGAUCUCGGCGAGAGCGUGCGCUCUAGCAACAUGACGUCUGCGCCCAUUAUCGUGAAGGAGCUGGAUGAUCUCAGCGACAGUCUAAAGACUCUGGCUGUUGAGUUGACCAAGUUUUUCGCAAACGUCGACGGUGAUAUUGAUGGCAUUCUCAUCGUCAUGGACUGGGCGCGCAGAGAGCUUUCCCAAGUCCAGCAUUUGCCAUCGUCCCCCUUCACCGCCGCCUUUGACAACAUCCACAACCUUCUCUCAGAGGCCGGCGUACUCGAAGACGGCUUCGGCACCCCAACCCGCCUUGGCUCCUUCUCGAGGUACAUCUUUGGCAUGUCUAACCCGCAGCGCACCCGCCUCGCCCUCCAGCGCACUUUCAAUGAGUUCCUCACUGUGCUCGAAGACGCCAUCAACUCUGAACUUCAACACUCUCUCGCCCUUUUCGCCUUGUUCGAGGCGAUUGAUCAUCAAUUUCUCAACCUUGCUCGCACAGUCGUCCGCGAGGCCUCGGCGCAAGACGACAUGCACGCCGACUUGUUGUCGUCACUCUGGACGCGCAUCUUGGGCGCGAACGCCGCUGAGGUGGCCAAAUAUGAGCGGAAUCGCAUGCUGCUGCAAAAUGUGAGGGAGAAGACGGUGCGGAAUAAAAGCAUCCUCGUCGAGCACAACGGCAAGCUCAUGGCGCUCAAGGCCAAUCUUGAGAAUCUGCGGCGCAAGCUGGUUAGUCCGCUGGUCAGGUCUGUUAACUCGAGUACCUUGACUCUUGACGAUCAAAUUCGCGGACUCGAAGACGUCGGCGGAUAUCUCGAGGGCGUGCGCACCCGGCAGAAGGGCAAGUUGAUGGAGAUGCUCUAUGGCAAUGUGGGGAACAACCGCCAGCUCCUGGAGGAGCGGACGUACGGUCGUACAGCCUAA